AUGGCUUCAUCAAUUCCGCAGUUUCAAACAUUGCUAACAGUCGAAGAAUUCCGUAAAUUAGUCCAUAAACAUUUUGAAAAAAACAUAUCUGAAGGUCAAUUAUAUGAUAUUAGAGAUCUUGAACGUUUUAAUACAGACGAUGCAUAUACUUUAAUGUUUAUACAACAUGGCCAAUUCGAUACAACGUUUAAUGAAGAUCGAGCACUACAUUGUUUCGAUGGAUCAUUCAGUUGGCGUAAACGACACAAUGUUUAUGAUAUUUCAACGAAUGAAUUUCCUGCUGAUUAUUUUGAUCGGCACGCUAUUUACUUUAAAAAUCAUGAUAAAUUUAACCAUCCAAUAUUGCAUUUUGUUGUACGUAGUCUCCAUAAAGGACAGGAAGACAAUGAAGCAAUUAAACGUUUUAUUACGUAUCAUUUUGAAAAACAUCAACGAGAAACUCCUGGCCAAAGAAUUGUUAUUCUUUUUGAUAUGAGUGAAGCUGGUAUUGGUCACAUUGAUUAUGAUUUGGUUAAAUUUAUCAUUUCCAGUAUGCAAACCCUUUAUCCAGGUUUAUUGGCAUAUCUUCUUAUGUAUAAAAUGCCCUUCCUUCUAUCAGCGGUUUGGCGAUUAAUUCGUACGUGGAUGUCGAGUGAAGCUGAUCGAUUUGUUAAGUUUGCUGAUGCUAAAUCAAUUAUGGAUUUUAUUGCGCCUGAUCAAUUAUCAAAACAAAUGGGUGGUACUGCAGAUGAUAGUUAG